UUUCUCCUCCCAGCACGGACAUCCUCCUUCUCUCAAAAAAAUUGAGAGGACAUUGCAACACAAACUUGUACUUGUAAGUUAAGGAGUGGCUGCUGUGAUUUAUAGAGUUACUUAAACAGCAGACAUUUCCUGCUCUAAUCAUGGAGGCAGCAGAUCUUUUAUGUGAUUCACUCUUGCGCUGGCUGGAAAACCGAAAGGAAUGUGCAAGAAAGCUGUUGGAACUGGCGCAAGAGCUGGAAAAAGUUCAUCAGGACAGCAACAUUGCUCAGGUGGUUGGAGCUGCUACAUCUGUGGCCUCAAUAUCUGGAGCACUGCUUGCCACUAUCUUGACAGGAGGUCUGGCCAGCCCUCUACUGGUUGCUGCAGCAGCAGGCACUGUAGUCAGUGUCACUUCCACAUUGGUAGAGGCAGGUAUGUCCAGCAGUACCUUUAAUAAAGCUAUAGAAUUAAUUAAAGAAGAUGAGGAGGUUGGGACGAGCAUUCAGAAGCAACUGCAAGAUCUGAAGGACCGGUGUGGAGGAACACAGCUCGGGGCUCAUGCUGAUGAGUUGGAGUGUGAGGUGACCACUCAACUGAUGUGGGCUCUGGCCAGAAGGAAUAAAACUCAUGUACCCCUGGACUUUCUCAGAGGUUUCAACAGGGCCACGUUCUUUCGUCACAUAACACCAGGUGGACUGGCUCCAGCCGAGGCCUCGCGCUUUAUUGGCCAAGCUCUGGGCCUCGUUACUUUUUCUGCUGUGAUCACGAGUAGCCUGAAGGUAUCUGCUAAAGAAAUGGUGAAGGACAUUGGACAAAUUGGCAUUAAAGCUGCUGUUAAAGCAGGAUCAAGGGUUCUGGGUGUGAUUAGUUUAGGCAUGUGUCUGUACGACCUGAUUGUAAAGAGUGAAGAAUUAGUAAAAGGCAAUCGGGUCACGGAGGCCAGCAAGUUCUUACGGGAUUCAGCCAGGGAAAUACUUCAAGGCCGACAAAAGCUAAAGGAACAGCUGGAUGCAAUGCAUGAAAUCAUCCAAAAAUUGUUCCGAAUGAGGAAUCUCAUUAAGAACUUGGGGGGAUAUUCUCUCAGCAUGAAUGAAAAUGGACAGAACAUAAUGGACUAUAUCAUGGGAACAUGUACAGACAACACAGUUAUCUCCUGGCUUCAGGGAAUAACUCAUCAGAUUGAAUUUGUGAAUCUUCUACGAUUUUUUCUGGAGAAUUUGGCUCCCAUUCUUGAGGAUUUGACAAGGCCUGAUGGAGGUCACAUAGACAUUGUGUUUGUGGCUCAUGGCACAAUUGUCGACCAAUUUAUGCCAGCAGGUGGCCUGGUGCCCACACCUACCAUCAGAGACACCAUUCUUUACUCUCCGUGGAACUGCAGCAUUGAUUCUCACGCUGCAUUUGGUAUUGCUCAGGGGAACAUUCAAGUGACAAACAGAGAGUUUUACAAUACGAGAAAUACACUUUACUAUGAGCCGAACCCUUUGCCACGUUGCUGGAAUAGCAUGCGAAGAUCUCUCCACAACAUCCCAGGGAUCCUUCUAUCCCCUGUGACCCCUGAAGAAAGAGCAUGGGCCCUUUUUCACCAGUUUUGGAUGAAUAGAAGCAUGGAAAUAGACCGUGUUAUUAUUCCAUAUGUUGUCCCACAAAAUAUGGUAAAUGCAUUUGGAGAGAUCCCUCUGUACAUGUUCAUAUUUGUGACAUCAUUUAUACUCAUGGUCCAGGGUAAAACAGCUACUGUGCACCUGGCUGCUUGUUUGGACCGUGCAGGAAGUCCACCAAGGCCAGCAGAGUGGAGAAGGCAGUAUGCCUACACAAGUGAUGGAACCGUUAUGACUAUGUACAUGGAUGAUAGGUACAUGAACUCUAUGUUAUUCAGAGCCUUAAGAUCAUUAUUCGACAGAAACCGCAGAUAAAUCACCUGAACGGCAUCUGGGUCAUUCCUGAUAUGUAGUACCAUGAGCGACCCAGAGUAAUGCACAAGACCAGCCCAUUUAUUCAUGUUGGAAGAACUUAGAUAAAAGAAGUGACAGUUUAGGUCUUUCUAUCCCAUCAUAUUUACUACUGACAUGUUUCAACUGCACCAUAAAGAUAAAUAACUUUAAAAAUAAAAAAAAAAAACCUUUUAAAACCAAUUCAAUUCAAUUCAAUUCACAUUUAUUAGUCUCUGAGAAACUCAAGGAAAUCGUCCCCACUCUCCCCUAUUGUAAUGUCUUAAAGACAAAGAAAGGAGCUUUUCAUUGAGAAUUUUAAUGCAGAAUGCAGAACAACAGGCACAGCAGCUUACGCAGCACUUAUAUUUUCUCAUAUGCACUUCCUGAACUCUCCACAUUAACCCCGUAAAUGCUGGUGCUGAAGAAAACAGCAAAUCACAACUAUUACAGACAGACUGCUGCGCUGCAGUAUAGUGCAGUGUUUCUCAACUGGUGAGUCGCGACCCAAAAGUGGAUCACAAGACCGUUUUGAGUGGGUCGCGGAGUAUGCCCUCAAAGAAACAACAGCAAACGUAAUUCUAUGUUUUUUCUUAUGCGAGACUUUCAUUUUGAAAGACGUGCAUGAAGCUGUUGACAGACACAGUUUAAAAGUGCCUGAGAAAAACGCGUUGUCCUGAUAGAGUAUUUACGCUCAGAUGAGAUGUCAGGUUUUAUGUUAGUGUCUUUUUUUAAUGUUGUUUUCGGAACUUGUUAAUAAGUAAAAAGUCUCUUACCUCAGAAAAACAAAAGCCAUUAUACUGUGCUCAUAGCGCACAGUCUUCAAUCACAUGCGCAAAUGCGGCGACACGCACUGUAACGUUAAUAAUCACAUUCAUGAACAUGAUUUCUGCCCGAGUCCUAUCCCAAUUUAUUAUGUCCCAAGAUUCCGGGCUCAAACUUGGCGUCAUCAAGCUACGCCUUUGUUUUGAAUAGGCACCCCCUAGCAGAUGGAAAAACUACAUAGUGCACCUUUAAGCUAUAAAGGAAUAUCUCAUGAAGGGUUUUUUCCUUUGUGUUUUAUAAAAUUACCACUAGAAGGUGCUCUAGGCACAUGUUUUCCUUGAUUGGUUUUCCCUGAAGAGAAAUAUGUUAAAUUGAAAACGAAAGUAAAAGAGUGAUGCACAUUCGUUGCAUCUUACCGUGAAAUGAGAGUUCCGUGUCCUUAUUAAAAUCAACACAUUAAUGAUUUAUCUCUCAUCCACCCGCAAUUAAUUGGAAUGUUAUUUUUUAUUACUUGGCCCGCCCGACCCUCUGAUUAUCAGCAGUAUCGAAUGGUUCGAGAAUGGACACAGACCGGGAACCUGCAACAAAACCGUGGAGGAGGCACGAAAUUAAAUUUGACAGAGGCGGACGCCUCGUAAUUCUCUAUGCAGGAAAAACCCUGCAUACAUUGCUGACAGAAAAUGCUGCGGUUUAAAGUAGAGUCGUUUUCAUGGUACACAGAAUGUUAUGCAUUAAAUAUUUAGCUAACAGUCUGAAGUCACCUAGCAACAGUGUACGUUAACGUUAAGCUCAGUCAAAAGUUUUGAAAAGUCCAGAGUGGAAAUUACGCCCCUGGCCAUAUACAGGAGUUCAAUUACAGUAUGAAAUAUAUUUUUCAUUAUAGCAAUUUAAAAAAAAACUUAGAAAAUGCUGAUUUAACAAUAACUGCAGACAGCUCUGCCACAUGUAAUGUAUAAAAAAAAAAAGGCUACGUUAUAUAGUAUAUUAGUUGUCCUUAUAGAUGUGCAGUCGAAUUCUACUGAAGUGUUUGAUGAAGUUAUAAAAAGCUUGAGAUUUUUUCACUUGCUUUCUGUGUAAAACUUAUGGAGUUUCACCUGUGUAUGGCAUAAUUAAUAAUCUACGGUUAAUUAUCUGCAUUAUAAAAUUCUGUUAAUCAUUUUGUAUUCAUCUUUUUGAUCAUCAUAAUUUAUCCAUUAUUUUGUGUCUUACACCCUUUUUGGUAACACAUAUACAUUAAUAAAGUAAUUAUAAAUCAUUUGCAAACUAUUAGUUAAUUCAUAGUUUAUAAAUAGUAUCGUUAACCUAUUAAAAUACAAAUGAGUUCAUUCAUCGUUUUUCUUAUGCACUUGUUGUGAUUAUGUUAUGAUUCUUUUUUUGUAAAGCACUUUGAAUUACCAUUGUGUAUGAAAUGUGUGAUAUAAAUAAACUUGCCUUGCCUUGA